AUGGCCAGCGUGGAAGGUGAAGCAGUUCCAAUCUACAUUAAACAAAACGAUGACGAAGUACAUCGGAUUGUAAAAGAUAAUAUUUUAAAAAUACUCUCUCAGGAUGGAGUGGAUGAUUGCAAAAUUAUGAUACUGUCUGUGACUGGAGCUAUGCGUGAAGGGAAAUCGUUUAUUCUAAAUAUGUUUAUCAGAUUUCUUGAAUCAGGACGAUCUGACAAUUGGAUGAAUAGUAAUGAAACCAACCUAACUGGAUUUUCUUGGCGAGGCGGUACAAAAUCUAAUACAAUGGGGAUAUUAAUGUGGAGCAAACCAUAUUUUUCAACUCUGCUGGACGGAACAAAGGUUGCAAUCUUUCUCAUUGACACUCAAGGAGCAUUUGAUAAUGAAAAUGAUCUCACUCAAAGUUCAAAGAUUAUAACAAUGAGUCUUGCAAUAAGUUCACAUAUGAUUUACAACGUAAACAAAUGUUUGCGAAGCGAUAAAUUAGAAUUUUUCGAGAUGUUCGUAGAACAUGCUAGAAUGGCUGAAGGUCUUCACGGCGAAAGUUUUUUUCAGACGUUGUUGUUUCUAAUUCGUGAUUGGCCAGAUCGUGAUGAACAUAGCUGCGGUGCCAAAGGCGGAGAAAAUUAUGUUAAUGAACAACUGAGUAGAGGGUCACAAGAUAACGUUAGAAAGGAAAACUUCAAAAAAAUGUUUGAACAAGUUGGGGGAUUUCUAUUACCUCACCCUGGAAAAAAAGUUGCGCAAAGCAAACAAGAACAAUUUAAUGGCGCCUUUGAGGACAUAAGUUCAGAUUUCAGACAACAUUUGGACGAGUUGGUACAUUUUUUAUUCGAUCCAGAUAAAAUAUCAUUAAAAAAAUUUAAUGACAAACCAAUUCAUGGACGAGAAUUAGCAGAGUUUGCGUUGCAAUUUUCGAAAAUGUUGGAAAGUGAUAAUCUGCCAACCCCCAAAGACUUUGUAGAGGCACAGAUUGAGGCUGCUAAAAAUAAUCUGGCCAUCGAGUUUAGAAACAAAUUCAAAAGCAAAAUGAAGCAGAAUAUGGGCGAGAGCCCAUUUCUAAAGAACACUGAAUUUGCACAAAUGGCCAAAAGUGCAGAAAACGAAAUAAUCGCAGAGCUGGAAGGCAGGGCUUUUUACGGUGGUGAUGAAUCGAAAAAAGAGGCUAUGGAAUCGGUGAAACUGCACAUCAAGAACGACAUUGGAGAACUUUCUGAUCGGAAUCUAGCAAUAGAAGCCGAGUGUAGAAUAGAUUAUGACAAAUAUAUAGACGAAAAGAAAAAGGAGCUUUCGGAUAUUUUGCGGAAGAAAUUCUCACACUAUGUCGAAGAAAUUAAAAUAAAAGAUUCAUGUAAAGAAUACGAAUCAGUUAUUCUUGGAAAACAUUUUGAUGGCAUUAAACGUAGAGUUGAAGAUUUUGAAGCAGAGUACACUUCGAAAAUCAUAAACAUGAUAAAACAAUUAUGUGAUGAUGUCGUUUUACAAAACACAAACAAUCUGAUUCUGCAGCAACAAAAUAUUAAAGAUUCAUCUCAAGCUGAUUUAAUUUUGAAACAAAUAGUGGAUGACACAACUGAGGAAUCGGUGUUAGCAGACAUUCCAAAAACAAUAUUUAAUGAUUGGAAAAUAAAGUUACGUACAAAAUUGGAAACACUUUGUGAUUUGGCAUCAACAAUCAUCACUCGAAAUAAAGAAAACGAUGAAAUGCAAAUUUCCGAAAAACUUGAAGAAUUGGGGAAAUACUUCAUAACACAAGCCGUAAAGCUAACAAACAAAAAAGUGAAAAGUAAGCCUCAGCUGGAAAAAAUUCGCCAAAAUUCUGCUGAAAAGGCAAAGAAAAUUCUCUCGGAUAUGAAUUUGGGAGGAUAUAUAAAGAAUCAAUGUCUAGAACGAUUGGGUGCGAUUUUAGAAAACAAAUUCAAAAUCAUCUUGGAAGAGAAUCAACAAAAAGAAAAAGAUUUCCAUGAACUUUGCAGUAUGGAAUUGGGAACAUGUUACAAUUGGGCACAAAAUGAAAUAAAAGAUAAAUGUGGAAAUGAUGUCAAAAACGAUAUAGAUAUUAAGGCAAUUCACAAAAAAAUUAGACUGGAAGCUUUGGAUAAAUUCACAAAGGCUGUAUCCGACGGACCCAUGGAUCUUUAUCGUAGUUCGAGAGAAAAUUUGAAAACCAAGUUGAACAUAUUACUUUCCGAAACGAUUGAAGAACAUGAAAGCAGAAAGAAAAGAAUACUUGAGGAACUUUCAAACUUUACUAAAGAGAGAAGACAGCAAUAUACAGAUAAGAUGAAGAAGUCUCUGGAUCAGCCCGACCCGGUGGAAUUGGAAGAUCUCAAAAAGCUUCACAUGAAAUGCAAAUCUGAUACGUUAAAAGAAUAUGCUGAAAAUUCAAAAGGAAUGCCAGAUAUAUUAAUUUCCGAGAAGAAAAAAGAUUUGAAUAGGAUGCUGGAAGGAGAAUUUGCAAAGUUACAAAAAAGUAACAUGGAUAUAUUGAAAAUGCAGAAAGGAAAAGAAGCUGAUUGCAUACAAGAAUGUAUUAAAAUUUACAAUCAAGAAAUGGAAAAGGCCUGCAAAGAUUUAAUGGAUGAUUUAUAUAUAGAAGAAAGUCACAAUGAAUCCCAACGGAAAUCAUUUGAUCGUAUGCAACAUAUAUCAGCGCAAUUCACGAGCCAAAUGCAUAACAGAGUAAACGCAGAAUUACAAAAAAUGAUUCGAGAAAAAAAGGAGCACCACCGGAAAAUUGCGAAUAGUAAUAAAAAUAAAGCCCGCAAGAAAUCCGCCUCGAUUUUAAACGAAGUAAAAUUGGAGUUCCAACGAUCCCUUGAAACGAAAACUGGGGGGAACGCGUGUACAGAAAAAAACUUGAGAAAAUAUUUUUCUGAGGCUGAGAAAAUAUCCGAGGAAAAUUUGAAGCGAAUGAAUAUUAGUCAAAUCGAGCGGCAAUUUUGCCAACAAAAUCUACAAGAUACUUUUGACAAAUGGAAAGAGGAAUUUCGUGACCAGAAUAAAAGUGCCGAGGCAGAGUUGCACAGGAGUUGUAAAAUAUCCUUGGAUAAAGCCAAAAGAAUCUACAGACAGCAUAUUAAAAAUGUCAAGAAAGAUCAAGACAAUGAUGACUUGAAUCCGCAUCAUUACCGUGCUAAUGACGAAGCAAUGUCUUCAUUUGAUUUGGAUCUUUUGAGGGGAAACGAGGAAAUCGUUAGAAAAUAUAAAAUUGACCUGGAAGAAUGGAUCAAAACAGAAUGGAGCUUCUUCCUCAAUCAUGGGGAACUGCAGGUCGUUCAAGAACGUGAAGAAUCUGUCAGAGAGACAAGUCAGUGCAAUUGCUGUAAUGCUGUAGAAGCAAUAUUGAAGCACGUUGAACAAAUAAAAUCAGACAUUGAAAUUGUUAAACAGCAACAAGCGAAUCUAAAAGACGAAUUAUCUGAGCUUUCGACAAAAAUUGGAAAAUGACGAAAAUAUUUAUUUAGAUAAUGAUA